GUGGGCGUUAAAUAAAGGUGUGGCUACAAGAACAUGGCUGUCGUUUGUGUCUCUGUUAUCUCCAAAGAAAACUUCCCCCUGUAUAUAAAGACAGCCUCGGUUCACGCUGACAAUGAAAUGACGUUUCAUCACAUAGUCCAUACAGCAAUCGAUGUAAUUGAAGAGAAAAUUUCAUCAGUUGGAACCGCCAGAGCUGCUUCUGAUUUCAGAGAACACUUUUUGGGAGCACUUUAUCCUUCGGAACAAUACAAAAUUUAUGGUUAUGCCACAAACACAAGGAUUAAGUUUGUAAUAAUAUGUGAGAAUAGUCAGUCAAAAGAUAAUGAGAUGGGACCUAUGUUCAAAAAACUUCAUACUGCAUAUGUGGAUAUGUUUUGUAACCCUUUUUAUACUCUGAAUGCUGAGAUAACAUCAAAGAAAUUUGAUCAAUUAGUGUCACAAUUGAUUACUGACAGUGAAAACAAAAUUAACAGAUAAUGACAAUUAUAUAACUGUUUCAACUAAUCGUAACGAUUGAAAAUAUUUUAAUUAUUUUAUUCAUAAAUCCUUGUUAAACUGCCCCCUAA